GCAUCCCCGAGGUUGACGAUAGUUGAGAGCGAUGGCGGCCGGGCAGGGCGGGUGGCUCGGGCCGGCGUGUGGGUUGCGGUUGUUGUUGGCGACUGUGCUUCAGGCGGUGUCUGCUUUGGGGGCAGAGUUCUCAUCAGAGGCAUGCAGAGAGUUAGGCUUCUCUAGCAACCUGCUCUGCAGCUCUUGUGAUCUACUUGGACAAUUCAGCCUCCUUCAGCUGGAUCCUGACUGCAGAGGAUGCUGUCAGGAGGAAGCACAAUUUGAAACCAAAAAGCUUUAUGCAGGAGCUAUUCUUGAAGUCUGUGGAUGAAAAUUGGGGAGGUUCCCUCAAGUCCAAGCUUUUGUCAGAAGUGAUAAACCCAAACUGUUCCGUGGACUACAAAUCAAGUAUGUUCGUGGUUCAGAUCCUGUACUGAAGCUUUUGGAUGACAACGGGAACAUUGCUGAAGAGCUAAGCAUCCUCAAAUGGAACACAGAUAGUGUGGAAGAAUUUCUGAGUGAAAAAUUGGAGCGCAUAUAAAUCUUGCUUAAAUUCUGUCCUAUCAUUUUGUUGCCUUAUCAAAUGAAAUAUUACAAUAUCCAGAAAGUUGUUCUGCAUGCUUCCAUUGAUCAGCCUUUCACUGUGAGGCAUUAAACAUUCUAGUUAGAAGUUGAGGUGGCAGCACAGCCCAUAAUAUGUGAGGAGUGAGCAAGCUUCACAGAACCCACUUUUUCUAAAUUUCUGUCCAUUUGCAUUUGUUGAUACCACUAAUGAAAUGCUUUGUAAUAGGCUUGUCAUUAAAUGCAAAGGAUAGUUUGAUAAUUGGUCGAGUUUUAUCAACAACAAUUCUAAAUCAGGGAGAGUUAAUGAAGACAAUGCUAUGCCUCCUAUGCUAUGUGUUCUUUCAAAAAUAAUGACAGAAAACUACAGAGCAAGUAAGAUAAACUGAGCCUCAACAGAUUGCCUUCUCCUGGGAACCUCUUGUGUUUUGUAUUCCACCGCUUUCUUUUUAGUAGAAAUAUUAUUUAGAUUGUAAUGAGUGUCCUGCAGAAAACUUUUGUAGCUUCAUUAUUGUGAAACCAGCUUGGAGAUCUGCAGUAAGAGUGGAUCAUACACAAAGAUUUGCAUCAAUGAAGACUACACAGAAAACCUUUCUUAAGGAUUUGUGCAGAUCAGAUAUUUGGCAGAUUUUUGUGCUUUAUAUUCUUAUAGAAAAAUGUUCAUUUAAAAAAUGAUCACUUGUAAUACCAAAAUAUAAAUAAAACCAGUCAAAAGUCUUGAAUUUGACGUUA